CGGUUGAGAUCCUCCCCCAAUUUGAUAGUAUUAUUUAUAGAUAGCUUUCUCUCUUUCUGUUAUCAUGGCUAAAGUAUCAUUUUUAGCCGGCACACGUGGUUUCAUGACUUCAACUAUUCUCCUCUUCAGCCUUGUAAUGGCUUUCCUUAAUACUUCAAAUGCCCAAAUUGGCGUUUGUUAUGGCAUGAAGGGCAGUGACUUACCAUCUCGCCAAGAAGUCAUAGAUCUCUACAACCAAAACAACAUCCAAAGAAUGAGACUUUACGCUCCGGAUGAGGCUGCUCUCCAAGCCCUCAGAGGCACCAACAUCGAGCUGGUGCUCGACAUUCCCAAUGAUGACAAUCUUAUUCAAUCUUUAGCAGCCAGCCAAGCCACCGCCGACAAUUGGGUUCAAAACAACGUCAGGAACUACCCAGAUGUCAAGUUCCGCUACAUCGCUGUAGGAAACGAAGUUAAGCCCACGGAUUCUUUUGCACAGUUUCUAGUCCCCGCCAUGCAAAACAUCCAAAAUGCACUUGCAGGAGCUGGACUUGGAAUCAAAGUGUCCACGGCUAUUGACACCCGGGUCCUCGACGGUGCAUCUUUUCCUCCGUCAAAGGGAUCUUUCAAGGCGGAAUAUAAGCCUAUUCUUGAUCCCUUAAUCAGUUUCUUGGUGAACAAUCAAGCUCCAUUGCUCGUUAACUUGUACCCUUACUUUAGUUAUGCUGGCGACGCUAACAUUCGUCUUGAUUACGCUCUCUUCACGGCUCCCUCACCAGUGGUAUCAGAUGGACCGCUACAAUACAGUAAUCUUUUUGACGCAAUGCUAGAUACGGUCUACGCAGCCCUUGAGAAGUCCGGAGGGGGUAAUUUAGAGAUUGUGGUGUCAGAAAGCGGCUGGCCUACUGCGGGUGGAAGGGAUACGACGGUUGAAAAUGCGAAGAUUUAUAACAACAAUUUGGUUCAGCAUGUGAAGGGAGGGACUCCGAAGAAGCAAGGAAAGUCCAUUGAGACAUACAUUUUUGCCAUGUUUGAUGAGAAUAAUAAGGGGGGAGAGGAGGUGGAAAAACACUGGGGCCUGUUUUCUCCAAACAAGCAGCCUAAAUAUCAAAUGAACUUCAACUAAGGGAAUUAAUUAGGAGGAAAAAUAAGGGCUAAAUACGGCUAAAUAAAUGUAUGGGGUUUGUUUCGCCAUGUUUAACUUUGUUUUAUUACUAAAUAAAUGCAAUUUGUUAAC